AACUUUGACCCUAAAGCCGGAAACUGCGGCCUGGGAUUGUUUGAUCGGACCACUGUGUAUUGGAUAAUGAUUUUUAGCUCUACAGAAUGCCGCUUCGGUCUUGUGCGUAAAAAUGGAAAUUUAUAUUUUUGUUUUGGAAGGGGUGUAUUUGUCAGUGGGGACAUCAGUUAAAUGUUGGAAUACGUCGUCGAAGUGUAUAUAUAGACACAGUUAGAAAUAACAACUGUUGAAUAAAUUUGAUUUACUGGGUGUUUUAUGAUAGCUACUAUCAGAUAACGUAGCUAGUUAGAUAGCUAGCUAUCCUAGAUGGCCAGCUAAAAUUAGACGUUACAGUAAGGACUACUGACGUUAACUGUAAGUAGCAGAUUAGACUGCUUUCUAGUCAUGUUAACUUAGGCUAGCUAAAUGGUAGAUCUACCACCCGAUUUAGCCCACUGUGAAAGCUAACGGUACGUUAUUAGCUCUGGGAGAAUACCGUCAUAGUUUAUCUAACUAACUGUGAUGUUAGGGAAAACAGGCAACUGUUUAUAGAAAACAUUCACUAUCGUCUAGCUAGCUGGUCAGCAAGUACAGUCCGUAAUGUUAAGUUAGCUAGCUAGCUAUCAUUCAAUAUUUUACGUUGCGUGAUUUCGCAAAAUGAAUAGUGCAUGAAUGAACUGACAUCCUGCCUCUCCACACAACAGACACACGGCAGUUCUUGGUUAAGUUGUCUGACGUUAUUAUAUUUGUAAUAACGUUAGUCAUCUGCUGUGCAAGGGACAGUGUUUACAAUCCAGUUGGUUGCUGACCUCCGCUUAAAUUUUUAGCUGUUUUCAUAGUGCUUGCUCACGUUGGUUAGCUAAUUUAUCCGACCAAAUCGAAGCAAUGGCUGCAGAUUUGCAAGCGAAGUACAGCAAGUUGGCCCAAGAAUACUCAAAGCUCCGGGCCCAGAACCAGGUUCUGAAGAAGGCGGUGGUUGACGAGCAGGCCAGCUCCACCUCUCUGAAGGACCAGCUGAAGCAGAGGGACCAGAGCCUGCGGAAGGUGGAGCAGGAGAUGGACAGCCUCAGCUUCCGCAACCAGCAGCUGGCCAAGAGGGUGGAGCUCCUGCAGGAGGAACUGGCCACCAGCGAAGCCAAGGGCAAGAAGAGCAAGCACAGGGGCGACUCUCCCUCCCAGCAGGGCCUGCAGACCCAGAUCGUGUUCGACGAAGACCUGCAGAAGAAGAUCCAGGAGAACGAGAGACUGCACAUUCAGUUCUUCGAGGCGGACGAGCAGCACCGGCGGCAGGAGGCCCAGCUGCAGACCCGUCUGGGGGAGCUGGAGAGGGACUCGGAGCAGCACCAGGCCGUGGUGGACGGCCUCACUCACAAGUACAUGGAGACCAUCGAGAAGCUGCAGAGCGACAAGGCCCGCCUGGAGGUGAAAUCACAGACUCUCGAGAGGGAGGCCAAAGAGUGUCGACUGCGGACAGAGGAAUGUCAGCAGCAGCUGAGGAAGUAUCAGACGGACCUGAGCAGAGAGCUGGAGAAGAGCAGCAGCGUGAUCCUGGAGAAGGUGCCCUUCAACGAUACCAAAUGCAGUGACUACAACACUCUGAACGUCCCUCCACACAACAGGAGACACCAGCUGAAAGCGCGGGACGUGACGGGCCAGGCGGUGAGCUUCCUCCAGGACCUGGUGGCGGCGCUGCUGAACUUCCACAGCUACACCGAGCAGAGGGUGCACAUCUACCCCCGCGACUCCUCCAUCGAGCCCAUCUCUGCCCUCAACCAGAAGUUCUCCCAGUACCUGCACGAGAACGCAGCGUAUGUGCGCCCUCUGGAGGACGGCAUAGUGCAACUGCACCAGAGCAUCACCGAGGACACAGUCACUACCCUGGAAACGGUGGGGAAGCUGAAGGAUUUCUCCGAUCACUUCACAUCUUACACCUGCUUCCUGCAGAAGAUUCUGCCCUACCAGCUCAAAAGUCUGGAGGAGGAGAACGAGGCCUCCCUCUGUACCUCCGCCCUCACCUCCAAGAACAGGGAGCUGCAGGGCGACAUCAGGCGGAUGACCUCCGUCUUCGAGAAGCUGCAGAACUACAUCACCCUUCUGGCCCUGCCCAGUGUCCGGCCCGAUGCCCUCUCCCAGAACAGCUCCACGGCGGUCUUCACCCAGCUCGCUGCCUGUCUGCACGGCCUGCAGGACGCCAUGAAAGAGCUCUCCAAACACUACAGCGUGAAGGUGACCCUGGAGCAGGAGCUGCCCACUGUCACCCAGAAACUGAGCACCACCAACGAGUGCCUGCUCUCCUCCCUGGGCUCCCUGACCAGCUGCACUGGGAAGAUCGCCACGUUCUUCAGUAACAACCUGGACUUCUUCGCGUCGUCCGCGGGGUACGGCCCGAGGGGGGGCACGGGCGCCCUCAACCCCCUGCAGGCAGAGAGCAUGCUGGGUAACAAGAAGCAGGCGGCCGCCUACAUGCUGGCAGUCAGGAAGGCGAGGCCAGAGUCAGUGGCGUACUCUGACGCCCUGUCCAACCGCCGCGUCCUCACCAGCUCCACCGAGAGCAGAGAGGGCCUCACCCAGCAGGUUCACCAGAGUCAGGAUAAGAUCGCUCGUCUGGAGCAGGAGAAGGAGCACUGGCUGCUGGAGGCCCAGCUGGGGCGGGUUCGGCUGGAGAAGGAGAACCGGCGAAUCGCAGAGAUGGAGGCGCAGCUGGCCGCGGCCCUGGGGGGCAGCCCCGCCCCUCAGCCCCUCCCUGCGGAGGGCAGCGCCUCCCCUGGCCUGGACGAGGGAGAGCUGGAGGAGAGAGGGGCCGGCAGGGAGCCUGUUCAGACCACCAGCCUGGUGGGCAUGUUGACCGAGACUUCCAGCAGUGAGGAGGUGAAGGACGAGCAGUCGCGGGAGGAGCUGAUAAAGACUCACUACAUGACGAGAGUGGGAGAGCUCACCGCACAGCUGCAGGUCUCCGACAGCAAGGCUGUGCACUUCUACGCAGAGUGCCGAGCGCUGGCCAAACGCCUGGCCUUGGCGGAGAAGUGCCGGGAAACUCUGACCGAGGACGUGAAGGCGGCCAAUCAGAACAUCUCGCGCCUGCAGGACGAGCUGACCACGACCAAGCGGAGCUACGAGGACCAGCUGAGCAUGAUGAGCGAUCACCUGUGCAGCAUGAACGAGACUCUGAGCAAACAGCGCGAGGAGAUCGACACGCUCAAACUGGGCAACAAGGCUAAUUCUAAAAAGAACAAAGGUCGGUAGGAGGCCCUGGAAGACGGACCCCUUUGCACAGGACGGGCCAGGGAACUGGGUCUGCAGUGCCACACGGGCGUAGUCUGCCAGAGGAGGAGAGGAGGAGGAGAGAGGAGGAGAGGGGGAGAGAGGAGCGGAGGAGGGGCACUACGCCGUGGGACCGUUCCGAUGAGUUCUGGGGCUGGGACAGGCGCAGAGGAAAUGGCCUUUUUUUUACUGUGUCUCUGUACAAAUAUAAACUCUGACUGCGGAGUGCUUCCUGUCGCGGGAGGAAACAGCUGCUUGGCUGGAGGCCGAGGAGGAAGAGGAGGGUGACGAUGAUGAAGCUCUGUUCCAGUGACCGAGGGAAGACCAGACGAGCCUCGCCCGGGGGGGGGGGGGGCGUG